CGGAUAUGGCAGUGUAUGCAAAGGUUGCUCAGCCCGUUCGAUGGAGUACAUCACGAAAUGAUAGAGGCACGGGUGGUGCCAGACGAAAAUGGGCAGGCUGUAGUAUAUGCUCAAUUUUUAACGCGCUUUCGAUUAAAGGGGGACCAGGAGGAGAUCGUUGCGCCGAGGUUUUUUGUUCUUACUGUUGGGAAGGCGGCGGGGAUGUAUGAAGGGACUGACGGGAUGCAGAUAUAUGACGUGAGAUUGUUUUGGGAUACUGGGAUAUUGGGGAGACAUGUAACGGAAAGGAAGAGAAAGGAGAAGUUAAGAAUGCAGGAAUAAAAACCAGACUACAGUCAAUUCCUAGCUUUGCGUCUAUGCUUGGCUAAGCUG